UCAGUUUAGUACCAACUCGGAAAUAAGUAGACCAUGAUGGUAACAAGGUGGCUACCCGGCCGGCCAGCGGUCGUUAAAUGUGCUAAACGUUACUCGGUCGUGGUUUUCCUGCUUCUUCUGGUAAUCCUGCUUCUAUCCCGAUCGGUUCCGAAUCCCAACCGCUUUUUGGAGGCUUGGCAGUAUCAGCUGCAGCAGGACAACGCCUAUAUCCGGUACAUCAAACUGGUCUGUCGAGUGCAGUACCACAACCGGGAACCUUCAACGCUAAACGAAGAGCAGCUUCGGGCGAACAUCGUUGCCAUCGAGACGCCGAAGGGAACUCUGGGCUGGUGCAAAACCUUCGACGAUGCGGUUUCAUUUGCGGGUUUAAACAAAUGGCUUCGUCCCUUCCGGAGUCACUCGAGAAGUAACCAGGAGCAUCCGAAAUCGGACAACCCUAUGCGUCUACUGCUGGUAGAACAUCCCUUUCUACGGUUGGCUCGGUUCUAUCGAGACUGUCUACAAAGUGUAAAAAUUACCGACCCAUUCUAUUACCUCACACUGGAGAUCCGAAAUAAGAUAAUCGAUCCGAACCUUAAUCAGAAAACAUCGCCGAGUUUCGGUGAAUUUCUUCGCUUUGCCAUCGAUGACGCAAACCAGUGGAACUCCUAUGCCCACUACUGGCAACCCUACAUGAUGGCCUGUGAACCCUGCCCGAUGAAGUACGGUACUGUGAUAGAACUGGCACCGGAAAAGAUGGACUCACUGGACAAACUGUUCCAGGUUGCUGCCGCUAACGGCGGAAAUAAAUCGUCAACAAUGGUAAAGGUCGAGCAAGUCUGGCAACAGGAACAGGAUCAGCUUAGAACACUGUAUCGGUCGGUGGAUGAAUAUCUGCUGGAUCGUCUGGUUCGCUACUAUCAGGAUGAUUUGACGCUGUUGGCCUACAGUCCGGACCGGUACUACGAGGAAACCUACAGGAAGUUCUCAAUCGAAAUUGAACAAGUAAGACCUUUCUAGGGUCAAAUAAAAACACCCGGUUCUGGUUCUACUUUUUAAGUAAUGCUUUGUAUCAAUAUAACAAUUUAAUUACACAAUGCUAGAGGUA